UGAUUGAGGUUUGAGUCUAGAUCUCAGGGCAAUACGGGUCCUGGCGGGGGAGCCUUUGCCUGUCCCGUCGCAACCAUGUCGUUCUGCAGCUUCUUCGGUGGCGAGGUUUUCCAGAAUCACUUCGAGCCAGGUGUCUACGUGUGCGCCAAGUGCGGCUACGAGUUGUUCUCCAGUCGCUCGAAGUACGCACAUUCCUCCCCGUGGCCAGCAUUCACCGAGACCAUCCACGCAGACAGUGUGGCCAAGUGCCCCGAGAAGAACCGGCCGGAAGCUUUAAAGGUGUCCUGUGGCAAGUGUGGCAAUGGUUUGGGCCACGAGUUCCUGAAUGACGGCCCCAAACGGGGACAAUCGCGGUUCUGAAUAUUCAGCAGCUCCCUGAAGUUCAUCCCUAAAGGCAAAGAAGCUCCUGCCUCCCAGGGCCACUAGGAGAUGGACUGUGGAUGAACUGCCCUGGCCAGCCGUUCCAGCCUCAGUCACCGUAUGAUCUGCUCUGGUUAAAUCCUUCCAUGCCAGCCAGGGUGGUGAUAACCUGUGACCUUCGAGGAGGGGAGCGGGCUGAUGCAGGGGUCUCUUGGAUCCUUGUCUUCUGGCAGAGGAAACAAACUCCAUUUCACAGUCUGCAGGCUUCUCUGGCCUCACUCUGGCUUGGGGAAGCGACUGUUGCCCAUGAGCUGGCCAGGGGCGUGGUGGGGACCCUGCUCUCACCACUCCGUGUCCCUCCCAAGAGAAAGCCACUGUCCCUUAUUGUGUGUGCUUGGCAGCUCUUGACAUCAGGGAGAGUGGGUGGCGUUGAGACCCACCCCCCUUGAUUCCUCACUGGCGUGAUCAGGUAGGCAUCAAUAAACAGCAAGCCUGA